AUGGAAGCAGCACCCUUGUUUGUGCUCGUCUCGACUUAUCUCAACUAUUUUAUAUUGAUUAUCUUUGGUCAUCUUCGAGACAUUCUUGGUAAAAUGUUUAAGCAUAAGAAAUAUGCUCAUCUACGAGCGACGGAGGGUUAUGCGCCUUUGGUUUCUGACUUUGACUCGUUUUAUACAAGACGUAUGUAUAUGCGUAUCAGGGAUUGUUGGAAUCGCCCCAUGACAGGUGUGCCUGGACGAAAGAUCAAGAUCUUGGAGAGAGAAUCCAAAGACUUUAACCAAACAUUUAGUUUGACAGGUCGAACGAUCGAGGCUACUAAUUUUUCAUCUUAUAAUUACUUGGGGUUUGCUCAAAACGAAGGCUACUGUGCCGAUCAAGUCGAAUCGUGUGUCAAGGAGUAUGGAUUAAGCAGCAGCAGCACGCGAGUAGAAGCAGGCACACUAGAUAUUCAUCGAGCAUUGGAAAAGCAGGUUGCUCAGUUUGUAGGCAAGGAAGAUGCUAUUGUUGUCUCUAUGGGAUUUGCUACUAACUCUACCACGAUUCCUGCUUUGGUCAACAAGGGAUGCCUGAUCAUUAGUGACGAAUUGAACCACAGCUCCAUCAUCUUUGGCGUGCGAUUAUCAGGAGCAUCUGUACGUGUGUUCAAACAUAACAACAUGGUCGAUUUGAAAAACGUCUUACGAGAGGCCAUCUCACAGGGCCAACCAAGGACACAUCGUCCUUGGAAAAAGAUUUUGGUCAUUGUCGAGGGACUGUACUCGAUGGAAGGAUCUAUUGUGAACUUGCCUGAACUACUGAAACUCAAGCGAGAAUACAAGUUUUACCUCUACGUGGAUGAAGCACACUCGAUCGGUGCUCUUGGUGAGCAUGGUGGAGGUGUCUGUGACUUUUACGGCAUUAAUCCAAAACAUGUCGACAUCUUGAUGGGCACGUUCACUAAAUCUUUUGGCGCCGCUGGUGGAUACAUUGCUGGUGACAAGGCAGUUAUGGAUCAUCUGAGGCUAACCAACCAUGCGUUUACAUAUGCCGAAACGAUGUCUCCGGUCAUCAUUCAACAAGUGAGUGCAAGUAUGACGAUUAUUCGAGGUCAAGAUGGUACUCAGGAUGGAGCGGACCGUAUUCGGACACUGGCCGAGAACUCUAGAUACUUUGCAAGCGCGCUACGAAAACUGGGGUUCAUUGUUUAUGGAGAUGAAGGAAGUCCGGUCAUUCCUCUUCUCUUGUUUAAUCCUGCCAAGAUAUCCGCCUUUUCAAGAGAAAUGUUGAAACGUGGGAUUGCCAUUGUCGUCGUUGGGUACCCAGCAACACCGAUCAUCAGUUCAAGAGCUCGAUUCUGUAUAUCAGCUGCUCAUACACGCAAAGAUUUAGAUGAGGCCAUUCAGCAUAUUAGUGAAGUAGGUGACCUGUUGAUGCUUAAAUUUAAACCACAACAAUAA